GUGCAUGCACUCAUACCAUACCACAAACAGAGUCAGUGAACAAUGGAAACCCUAGACUCAGCACUAUCAACUCCUUCGAGAACCACCGAUUCUAAGCCUCAAACCUCAUCUCCAUUGCCGCCAUCGGUGCUCAGGCAAUGGAGGCCAAAGGCGCAACGGAAUCUGAGGAACCAGUGGUCGCAAUUGGCGUCGUGCAAGAAUCGCUGGUCCUCUGCUUCUUCCGCUGGAAGAUCUCACGCAACUGCUCUUGUCAAUUCUCAUCUUUCCCAAAGGUACAUGCCUGAUAUGAAAUUAGGUGUUCUGAGCGACAUGCCUGGCAUAAGAAAGCAAGCUUGUUUGAAACUAUUUAAGCGGCAGGAACUGCAAAGGAGUAAAUUAUUGCUGUCUUAUAAGGACAUGGUGGGCAUUAUAAGUGACAUGAUCAAUCUUAGCAGAUCAAUGAAGUGUUUUCUCAAAGUACCAAACAAUAGUCCACUGUUACAAUUUUCUUAUAACUCUGUGGACCAGAGUGAUUUUGGAGAUGGUGGUGAUGGUGGUGGAAUUCCAGUAUUUGCAUUUUAUUCAAUCACUUCACAUGAGAAAUUUGCUGAGGAGCUGGUUGAGAUGUUUAGCUUGGAACUAUGUUUGAAGCGAUUACUUGUUCUUGAAUUUAUGUCCAUUGGUUAUGAAACUUCAGAAGUAAAACAGUUGCAUUGGUCAACUCAGCUUUAUGACGAUGAAUUCAAAGAUUUGAGAGACUGCAAUCUGUACUGUGAGGUGACUAAUGGGCCAAUUCCACCAAGAUUGAGGGAUGGGAGAUCUGACAUUGGUGCUUUAAGAUUUGACAACCAACCCGACCCUGAGGUUUUACAGGUUUAUUUAACAACAUGGCUUGCAGAGGUGAACAUAGACACUCUAAGAGUGAACGAGAUAUUUGCAAUUGUCGAGGAGGAAAUGCAUGUUAGCAUAUGUUAAAACUGCCGUCAUCAGGAGUCAAAAUGAAUGAAUAGCCCUUCAAACAUCUGUCAAAGCAUUGUUAAUCUUAUCCAUACGAAAUAGUGGUAAGAGACGUUCGUUGCAUACUGUUGCGGUUAAAAAUGAUAACUGUCGUGUAGAUGAGUAGUACAAGUCUCACAACAAUAACAAAUUCUGGAAAAUUUUCAUAGGCAAACUUAGCAAAACAGGCAUCUGCAUGGUACUAACUACUUUUCUAUUCCUUCCUUGUUAACUUUAGGGAACUUUCAUAAUUCUUUUAAGAAAAGAAUGACUGAUCUUGCUGGAUUGACUAACAGACUAUUAUUUUUUAAAUUGGAAUGAACUAAUAGACAGCAAUGUUCAGGGUCGUAAUUUGAUUCUUGACUUGGAUUAAUUGAAAUCAAUGGUUCAAAAAUUUAUUAAAAUAGAAAUUGUUUUAUAAAUGAAGUGUUGACUGAAAAUUAACUUGGGCAAUGUGAUGUAAAUGUCAAAUUAAUGUUAUAAAAUGUUUAGAAGAGUUCGUUUUAA